GUUGAGGUCCAGCAAGCCAUUCGACCAAUACACCACUUCGGAACCGCUGACCCAGCCAUCACUACCUGUGGUCCAGCUAUAGCUCUCGCGCUGCGCAGGACCUGUUCAACGUCUUAUCCUGGCCGGCUCCGUCUGAAACCAGGGCCUUAUUCCCAUUUUUAAUCAACCAACCGGUGCAGUACCCCCAAUCACAGUCAUGGUCAUGGGGUGCUGCUCGACACGGAUGUCGGACGCAGGGAAGCGAUGGCUCAAGGUAGCGGCGUGGACGACGCUCUUCUGCGGGGUAACCUACGUGAUCCUGGCUCUGGUACCCGUGAAGCUUUACAUCGCCAGCACUAUGUCCUGGAUCCAGGCCAACCCGACUAUGGGGGCCAUGCUGCUUCCUCUCAUUCUGGCUGUAGGCAUCCCACUCUGCAUCCCGUCACCGGGCUUUGAGAUCCUCGCGGGCUCCAUGUUUGGCAUCGUGACCGGCACGCUGCUCUGUGUUGUUGGCAAGACCAUCGGCCAGAUGAUAGCAUUCCUGGCAGCCAAGCACUUCGGCAAGGACCGAAUCAGCGGCUACAUGCAGAUCAAAUUCCCCUCAUUCGCGGCAUUGGCAACGGUGCUACAGAACUCCAGUUGGAAGCCGCUACUGCUGAUUCAGGUGGCCAAUGUGCCCCACCUUGUCAAGUGCUACGGAUUAGCGAUCGCAGACAUCUCGACGUACAGGUUUGCCGUGUCGUCGGCGGUUGGUGGACUACCCUACGCUAUUUUGUGGGCGUAUCUCGGAUACAACAGCAAAAACCUGGUGUCUAGUGGCAGCAGCGAUGAGAAUGCAGUGGAGCUGAGCGAGACGUCGUUCCGUCAACGCAUGGUGAUCGGCGUGGGAGGCACUGUGUUCACUGUGCUAGGCAUGUGGUGGCUGGUGGUGUACACGAAGAAGCAGCUGCACAGCGAGUUGCAGCGUGUCAAGCACCUCCACCGCUCCAGCGUGGACAGCGACGACACGUGCAUCACAAUUUCGUCUUCGGAGGACGACGACGAGGUCGUCCAGAUCGGUCUGCUCCGACCCGAAACGUUCCCCACAGCACUCACAGUCGCCCAACCCCGGUGUUACGACGACAUCUGACCCCAUACUCACAACACACGUGUACACUAGCUAGUUAGACAAACAGACACAACUGUACGAUAUUAAUCCAAUGGGAAUCCCAGCGAUACAUGAACGAUCUAA